UUCCGGGGCACCCAGCAUGGCGGAGCGUCGCCGCCCCGCUUCCGCAGCGACGGCGGCCGCCAGAUCCAGGCCCCGCGGGGCGGCCGGGCCUGCGCGGAGGGCGCAGGAGCUGAGCCGGCGGCGAGGCGCGAAGAACGGUGAGGAGAAGAGCGGCGCUGCGGCUGUCCGCCGCCCCUGGGAGCCGGGGCAGCCCACGGCGGCGGCCGUCCUGCUGGCGCGGUGCCUGGCGGCGGGCGUCGUGAGCCAGGAGACAUUGGAUUUAACCUGUAGAAAAGCCCCGUGCUUUGUGAAGUUCUCAGAGGUGGAAAAAAUGGCAAACAUUCAAGCUGAAAUCAAUGAGAAGAAACUGAAAACUGAAAUUCUGCAGUUGGAGAAGGAGACAGCAGAUAUUGCUCACCCUUUUUACUUAGGCAAAAAAUGCGAGAUUUUGCAAGACAUGAACAGACAUUUGGAAGCCGUACUGAAAGAGAAGAGGGCUCUUAGAAAGAGGUUGAUAAAGCCCAGAUGUCAAGAGAGCCUGCCUAUUGAGGCUACUUUCCACAAGUAUGUAGUAGAUUUGUUGACUGAGGCUGUGACUUUCAUUGAGAAGCUUGAAAGCCAUUUGCAGACCGCAAGAAGCAUCCCUCAGAUACCGAACAUUGUGAAGAAUAUGGACACUGCUUUGACAAAAACAGAGGUGCUUGUGAUGGAGUUGGAGGAGCUGGCAGAGCAAAUAUUGAAAUGGAGAGAACUGCAAAAAGAAGUAUAUUCUGAUAGCAUCUGCAAUACUGCUGAAUUGGACUUUGGCUUAUCUUUCACCUAACAAAUCAUUUUCCUCAAAUAGGAUGGCUAUUCAAAGAACUACCUUUUUACGGUCUUCUGUGAAAACUACAACAUAGUUGUGCUUUAAUCCAACAGGGACUUCAUAGGUAGUUAUAUUUCUGUUCUGAUGUAACAGUUCUCCAACUAUUUAAAAAAAAGAAAAAAAAAAAAGGACAACGAGCAGUAGCUCAUAGGAAGACAGACUACUGAGAAGACUGGUAAGGAGUUCCUUUUUGAAAUAAUUGGACAGGAUUCCUUUGGAGCCUGUAUCUUCAAUGCAAAUUUGUUUUGAUAUUUCUUAUGCACUUGCUAUAGUGUCUCUAUUAAUUUUUAUAAGCAUCUUGAUAAUACACUGUCUUUUGUAUGUCACUAUAAAACUUCAAUAAAAGCACUAGAUUUCAAGAGCA